AUCUCGGGUACGCCGCUUCGUCCGGCUCUGCUUGCUCGCUGAAGGUUGCACCUUCCGCCCGGAGACCUGGGCCGCUUCGAGAUGGCAGGUGCAGUCGAGGCACCUUGUCGUGGCGCUCGCGAAUAAGCUGGUGACAACGAGUCAACUUCUCUCCCCUGCUGUGGGAGACGAAGCCUGCUUUCUCUCCUAUUUCUCCGAACCCCAUGCCGUUCUUCGUUUCCAUCUGCAUCGCCCCUCUGCUAGGACUGCGAUGUCCUUGACGGUGAAGUCGUUGAAUGGCGACACGGCGUUUUUGCUCACCUUCAGUCCACCUGUGGCCCCACUGUCUUCCCCAGGCCUCUUCCCAGGUUCAUUCACGAUCCUGAUUGAUCCCUGGCUAGUUGGCCCAUCCGUCAUCUUCAACUCCGUCUUCUCCAUCUCACACCAGAAGGCGCAACCAUGCAUCUCACACCUGAAAGAGCUGGAAUACGAGCCGGAUCUCAUCCUCAUUUCCCAGGACAAGCCAGAUCACUGCCAUGAAGAAACGCUCCGUCAGCUGCCGCCAGACUGCGAAUCUACGAUUCUCGCAACUCCACCUGCAGCCAAGAAGAUUCGAUCAUGGAAGCACUUUCGUCCCGAGCUUGUGCAUGCCUUACCCAAAUACGCGCAAGGCGAUAAUCGAGCCAUCCACCGCAUCGUACUGCCGCCACCAACGCCCAGAGGCUCUUGUGGCGAGAUAACAAUAGCAUGGAUGCCAGAGAAGAGAGACGUCUCAAGACUACACCAUGCUAUUGGCAUCACGUACCGACCGCCUUGUACGGUGCUUUCGGCUACGACAUCAGGUUACUACCUCGACCUUCCCAUGAGUCCACCUGCAUCACCAGGCUCCCCCAUGACAAUAGCUUCGUCACCCCGUACCAUCGUGCCAUCGCCGUACCACGACCGUGAGAAGACUCUCUCUGUCAUCUACUCACCGCAUGGAGUGUCUUACGACAUUGUUCGCUCCUAUGCUUCGUCACAUCUUGUUUCCGAAUCGGCUCUUCCUUUGACAGCGCUAUUGCAUUCAUUCGAUUGCGUCGAAAAUCCCUGGUACCUAGGUGGGAAUAUCUCGGCAGGAUCUCCUGGUGGUAUUCGAAUCGCUCGCGACUUGUACGCCAAAGCCUGGAUCUCAGCGCACGACGCCGACAAGGACAAUUCUGGUUGGUCUGUAAAGCAGACUCGUGUUGCAAAGUCCACCAUAGACCACAUUACGAAGAUGCUGGAGGACAGUCAUGCAGUUAAGUGUCGGAGUUUCCGCACUGAUGUUGUCAGUCUGGCAUCUGGCGAACAACGACGCAUCGACAGGUAAGCAGAAGAUUGAGGGCCAAUCCUACACUACCGUGAGAGAGCUCCAAGAUACAAGUGAGCUUGCAUCGCAAAAGGAGCAGAGGCCUCGAAGUCAUGAAAGUCACUCGAUAUCCGGUCGCGAUAACUCGCUACACAAGAGGGCUUCUGAGAACCUCGGCGAGUUCUAAAUUUGAAGCUGAACAACGUUGUGCUUCUUGCGAAUGGUCAUAAAUGGCCAGUUUCGCGACAAUGAUGGUUGGCACGGCACACGUGAUUGUGUGCCGAGGCAGACUCGGGAGGCUGAGCUACACUCCUCUCUUCACUGCGAAACUAU